UAAGCGCAGGUCUUUAGAAAUACAAUUUAUUGUACCGUUCACGUCUCUGUUGUGGUAACCGCACAUAGAGACUGCAUUGUUGACCACGGCGAUGCAGCAAAAGGAUAAAAACAGCACGAAACGCACCGCAACUGCCAGCUAUUGUCUCCCCUUAGUGAUGUAUCAGUGUUGUAUAACUCACCAGUGUAAAAACAGCAUUAAUGACGCUAAACGUGGGAGAGGAUAAUUAUGCUUUAAACCUGCUCUCUGCAUCGCAGCUGCAAUGUGGCAAAGAGAGCUCGGAGAAACCUGCAAAGUUAAUGAAACAGCUUUUAAAUGAGUUUAAAGGGUUGCAUGAGCAAAGGUUGAGAUGCCUGGAGGAGGACACAACUCAACGACCAGAGGUGAUACUGCAGAGGAAAGUUGAUUGUCUCAGGUCUUACCUGGAUGACCUUGCAGACCAGAACCAGAUGUUGGUCCAGACUGUAGAAGACUUACAGAAGGAAGAUAACCAGGCUGUUCAUAUUUUGGGCUUGAAGAAAUGCUCCUCCAACUCCAUUUUUCAAGUGCCCGAUGUUGUUGAGCUGAGGACAUUGUUGCUACCUUGCCUUGAUGGACCAUCCCAAAACUUUGGUACCCCAGUACAAAACACUGAUGACCCAGAAGAUCCAGAAACCUGCAAACAAACAUUGAGGGCGGAUACUUUGCAAAAUGAAAAGGCUGCAAGCCAUGCACUUGGAGGCAGCGCGAUGCUGGAACACUUGCGGAGUGAGAUCUCCUGUUUGCAAAGCAUCCAGAUAGACAACAUGAAGGAGAUUGCAGAGAAAGACCUCAGCAUCACCAAACUGCAAGCCAGUGUUUUGUUGUUACAACAAGAGGGCGUCGACACCCGUGCUCAGCUAAAGCAGCGAGAAGUGACCGUAAAGCACCUGGACCAGGACUUGGUUGCUCUGCGAGACACGCUGGAGUCUCUGAGGAGAACCUUGGCGCAGAAGGAGAAACGCACGCAGCAGCUGCUUGAAGACAACGCCCACCUUAAAGACGUCCUGACCAAUCAGCAGAGCCAAUUACAGACAGUGAGCGACGUUAGCGCGGCCCUGGAUCGCGCCAACGUCAGUCUGCAUGCGGAGAGGCAGCAGAUCCAGGAUCAGUCUGAUCACGCGAGCAAAGAGGCGGAGCGUCUGCAGCAGGAACUCACCUGUGUGCGCUGCAAUGCUGAGAAGAAGAUUCAAAAAAGGGAGAUAAGGAUUUGUGCACUUGUUAAGGAGCUUACUGGGAAGAAGAAGAGGCUCGCUGACUACCAGGAAAAGGAGCAAGACGAUCUCAGAGCCAAAAUGGAGGACAUGAGCCGACAGUGUGUUCACCUCAAUCACACCAGAGACAAACUCGAGGCCGACUCUGUUCUGAGCCGUGAAAAACUGCGAAUUUGUCACUUCGAGGUGCAAAGCAGAGAUCAGCUCAUUCUUCAGCUGAGAUCGGAAAUGAGGACGACAGCAAAGAAGCAUCGGGAGGAGCAGCAGCAGUUGGCAGCCUCAGAGGAGAAGUCACAAGAGCAGCAAAUGGAGCUGGAGCUCUUCCGCCAGCAGGUGGAAGGAGCCAGGGAGGAAUUAAGAGAAGCCCGUUUGCGGGCAGAGGAGCCAAAAGAAACGGCUGCCAUUUUUAAACGCAAGUACACCGCCACAAUGGAGAAGGUACACAAGGUGCAAGGGCAGGUGGAACAUCUGACAGAGGAGCUGCAAUAUUCCCAGCAACAGCUGAAGGAGUCCCAACUUGCAACUCAUUCAGUGGAAGAAGAGCUUUCGGAGCUAAAGCGGCGCCACCAAGAAAAGGUCGGCCAAUGGGAGAGCUCACAGGAGGCGCUGGACCAGUUGACGGACGAGCUCCAGGUCAGUCACAACCUGCUGACGGAGAGCCAGCAGAAGGCCGAGCACUUCAGGAGCGUCGCGUGUGGCCUGCAGGAGCAAGUGGACGUGGUCAAGCAGCAGAAAGUCGUGUUGGAGUGUGACCUGCGACUUUAUCAGCGGAGUCACUCCCACGCUGACGAGGACUACCUCAUCUUGCAAAGUCGCGCUCAGAAGCUGCAGAAGCGCUGCAGUGAGCAGGUGGAGCGCCUCGUGGAGUGUGAAAAGGUUAUUCUACAGAUGAAAUCAGAGCUGGAGAGACAAAACCAGGAACAGGCGAGUCUGAAGCAAAGUCUCGUCGCAUCGUGCCGCGCGCACCUUAACAGGCGCGGACAGCUGGAACAGGAAGUGGAUCUUCGGAAAGAGGAAGUCGCACGCUUACAGCUUGAGCUUGCUGACAGCCAAGAGGUACACAUCACUCUCCUCCGGCAGUCAGCGGAGGAGCUCCAGGAAGCCCGGCAGGAAAGAGCGGACAGGAGUAGGGAGGAUGAAGCUCACAGGGAGGAAGUACAGCGAAUGGAGGAGGAAUCCCAAGAACGGGAGGAAAGGCUGAAGAGCACUCAGAGAGAGAAGCAGAGUCUGAGCAAUCGUUUCAAGAAGCUGAGUCAAGAGCUUGAGGAGCUGCAUUGCAAACAUCAGAGCACAGUGGAGGAGCUGGCAGCCCGCUCAGAGGAGGCAAAGUGCAUGACGGCGUGUCUGAGUGAGGGGAAGCAAGCACAGGACAAACUAAGCAACAUUGCUCUGCAGCUGGAGGUGCAGAUUGCAGAACUCAAGAGGAACCUUGACCUGGCUGUAAAGGACAAAAAGGAUGCCGAAGCUAAGGUGGACACAUUGCAGUCCAAGCUGGCGGCGUCCUGUUCCGACAACGCCAGCAUUCGCCACGAGAGCCAGUUAAUGGUCUCAAAUCUCAAACAAUGGAUCACCGAGCAAAAAGUUUCCCAUGAGAACCUUGCAGAGCAGAUGAAGACCCAAAGCAAAGCGCUGCUUAAUGCCACUGAAAAUAAAAGGCACCUUCAGGAGGCUAAUGACACGUUGAAGGCGGAGGUGAAGCAACUGAAAGAGGUGGCGGAGGGGCGGGAGAGAGAGAUGGGACGCAUCAAGGAACAAUUGAAGGACCUGUGUGCAUUGCAGGAUGGUAAAACACUGGAAAAAGAGACUCGUGUGGCCUUGAAUUUGGGCAUACUGGCCGACAUGCAGACCAAGUUGCAGCACAACAUGGACGCCGUCGGACUGCUGAAUCAACAAGUAGGAAUGGGUGUGGUGUGGGCGGAGGAGAGCGAGGAGGCGGGAUGA